UAUCUGAUCUUCAGUCUCCUUCGAGCAGUAUACAACCUUACACUUCAUCCGGCAGCGAAAUUCCCAGGACCUAAGCUCCGUGGCGCGUUCUACUUCCCCACAUACUGGGAGGUAUGGACCGGAGACAUCGUGUUCAAUUGGCAUAGAAUGCAUGAAAAGUAUGGGCCAUUUGUCCGUAUCUCACCUCAUUGGAUUUCGAUCAUUCAUCCGGAUGCAUGGCGUGAUAUCUACGGGCAAACUGCAACAAAGAAGCUUAUCCCAAAAGAUCCGGAAAUAUACUUCACAAUGGGGAACGAUCAUAUCGCCGACAUCGCUGACCACACACGAAUUCGGCGACUGAUGAGUCAUGCCUUCUCCGAACAAGCUUUAAGAAGCCAAGACUCAAUUAUAAAUUUAUACAUCGACCUUUUAAUACAGCGCCUUCAAGAGAAAGCUGCAUCAAAUGCUCCCGUUGAUCUAGUCCGCUGGCUUAACUACACCACAUUCGACAUUACUGGUGAUCUCUGCUUUGGAGAGUCUUUCGGUGCACUAGAGAACCAGGAGGACCAUCCGUGGGUUGCAAACAUCUUCAAAGGGCUUAAGUUCGCGAGGAUGUUUCGAGUGUUGCGGGCAUACCCCUUAAUCGGACUUCCGAUUCUCUCCCUAUUGAAAAUGUUUCCCGCGCUUGCAAAGGCGAGACAGAAGCACGAGCAAUUUAGUAUUGACAAGACGAUGAGACGUCUAGAAAUGAAAACCGAUCGAAAGGACUUCAUGAGCUAUAUCCUGAAACAUAAUGACGAAAAGGGAAUGACAACGGCAGAAAUUAUGAAGACCAUGUCAAUCGUCAUAAUAGCCGGCAGUGAGACAUCAGCUACGCUUCUCAGCGGCGCGAUCUUCUACCUCCUAAAAAAUCCCGAGUGGAUGAGUAAACUUCAGGAAGAGAUACGAAUCACCUUUCGCGACGAAUCUGAGAUGACUUUCGCGGCACUCAGUCAACUUAAAAUCAUGAACGCCAUAAUCCAGGAAACUUUCCGAAUGUAUCCAUCCGUGCCAACGACCCUGCCUCGACUCACGACCAAGCAGGGUGCGGUUAUUAGUAACACCUAUAUUCCACCAAAUUGCAGUGUUGGAGUUGCACAAUAUCCUGCGUAUCGAUCAUCUCGUAACUUUACCGAUCCCGAUACGUAUGCUCCAGAGCGCUUCCUUGGAGAUCCAAAGUAUCAGAACGACAAUCUCUCCGUGAUACAGCCAUUCUCUGUUGGACCAAGAAAUUGCCUUGGCCAGGGUCUCGCUUAUGCGGAGAUACGUACCAUCUUAGCACGGUUGAUCUGGCAUUUCGAGAUGGAACUUGAGGAGAGCUCAGCGGAUUGGGCGGAUCAAAAGGUCUACAUCUUGUGGGAUAAGCAACCUCUAAUGGUCAAAUUAAAGCUACGAUCAGGUUGA